AACAAGCAAGCAACAAUCUUCUCGAGUCCUUGAGUUCUUGAGUCAAUACAACUUGUUAUGGCCAGCGAGAGGAGAGUACUUCAGAUAGCCCCAACGAUACCCGUCAGGAACGUGCAGGCUCUUGCGGCUUCCAGCGCUGAUGAGCUAACGGCUGAGACACUCGACCGGUACAUCAGGCCAGGCAUCGACCAGGAUGCAGUCCUUGAAGAGCACUCCGACGAGCUUCCAGUGGUUGACCUUGGAAGACUGCUGAACCCAGAGUCUUGGGAAGAGGAGGCUGCAAAGCUAAGGUUUGCUUGUGAGGAGUGGGGUUUCUUUCAGGUUCUAAAUCAUGGAGUGCCAGAAGAGGUCAUCGUGAACAUAAAGCGUGAUAUUCAGGAGUUUUUUAAUCUGCCGCUUGAAGUGAAGAAUGCUUACGCACAACGCCCAGGUGAUCUUCAGGGUUACGGUCAAGCAUAUGUUUUUUCUGAAGAUCAAAAGCUUGACUGGGCAGACAUGCUUGGCAUUCUUACACAGCCUCCUGAGGCCCGUGAUACGAAACUUUGGCCUGCUCAACCUCUUACUUUCAGGAAAUCUGUUGAAGAUUACUCUGCUGAAUUGAAGAAAAUUGCUCAUUCUAUUGCAAGCAUCAUUGCAAAAAUGCUAAAUAUUAAGCCUGAACUGAUGGAUGACAAAUAUGCGGUGCAAGUUCUGAGGAUGAAUUACUACCCUCCAUGCAUGUCAAUGCCGGAAAAGGUUUUGGGAUUCUCUCCGCACUCAGAUGGAUCUUUUUUUACCAUCCUUAAAGAAGUUAAUUCAGUCAAUGGACUUCAAAUAAGAAGGCACGGUGCAUGGAUCCCAGUGAAACCACACCCUAAAGCGUUUUUGGUGAAUGUGGGGGACCUCCUUGAGAUCAUGACAAAUGGAAAGUACAAGAGUAUUGAGCAUAGGGUCACUAUUGAUGCUCAUAUGGAACGAUUAUCUGUAUCAGCAUUCAUCAAUCCAAAGUUUGAUGAUGUAGUUUCACCGGUUUUGGGCUCUACAACUGAAGAGGUGUUGUACAAGACAGUCAGUGUGGAAGAUUAUAUGAAGCAUUAUAUGUCAAACAAACUCGAUGGGAAGAAAGCCUUGGAUCAUGCGAAAGUUUCUAAUGUGAACUAUUGAUUUAUUUCGGGUGCACAAAAAUGAUAUAAAAAUUGGGCCAGUGUCAGCCUUCGGUUUUCCGUUCACUGAAUAAGUGAAGCGUGCCUGUGUAGCAAACAGAUCAAGAAUACGCUGAUAUGUGUGUACUUUCUUUCCUUUUUUAAGUGAUGUUGGAAGUAAUGUAGACAAGUGUUAGUUGACACUUCUAGUCUUCUACUCUCUCAGUUGUGUA